AUGAAUGGGGAAAUUGAGAAGACGAUGGAGAAAAAGAAAGAAAACGUGAAAGAACCCACAAGUUAUUCUUAUCAUGCUUCUACUACUAUUUCUCCAACAUCUUCUAUAACACCACCUAUUAAGAAAUCAAAGCAAUCACCAACCCUGUCAACUGCAAUAAUGACGGUUACAACGCCUUCAGAUGCGGCUGGUGGAGAAACUGCUAUUGAACAAAGUGAUGAAGUUUCAUUGGAAUCACAAAUUAUAUCAAUGGAGAUAGAUUCACCAAUGCAAUCAGAACCAAUAAACGAAACUACAUUCCAACCUAAUGAGUCUAGAUUUAAUUUAUUCCAAUCACAACAAGCCGCAAAUACAUUCCAGGCACAGCAAGAAUACCAAUCACAACAAGCCGCAAAUACAUUCCAGGCACAGCAAGCAUACCAAUCGCAACAAGCCGCAAAUACAUUCCAGGCACAACAAGAAUACCAAUCACAACAAGCC